UCAUGUGACUGUGCGUGUCACGUGACCGUGUUUGUAGCGUCAUCAUGGCGGUGUGUAUAGCAGUCAUUGCGAAGGAGAACUAUCCCCUGUACAUUCGGAGCGUUCCUACACAGGGGGAACUCAAGUUCCACUACACAGUGCACACUUCUCUGGACGUGGUGGAGGAGAAGAUCUCCGGUGUGGGCAAAGCCUUGGACGACCAGAGGGAGCUGUAUCUGGGACUGCUAUAUCCAACUGAGGACUACAAAGUAUAUGGCUACGUAACAAAUUCUAAGGUGAAGUUUGUGAUUGUUGUUGACUCCUCCAACACGUCUCUGCGAGACAACGAAAUUAGAAGUAUGUUCAGAAAGUUGCACAACUCCUUCACUGAUGUAAUGUGUAACCCAUUCUACAAUCCUGGUGAUCCAAUUCAAUCAAAGGCAUUUGACAGUAUAGUUUCAACUAUGAUGGUGCAGGCCUGCUGAUGUCCUCUCUUCACAAUUGUAUAUAUUUACAUGAAUGUCUAUUGUGUAUUGUUCGUAAGGUGAAAAUAAAUAUUACAUUUUUGUUUCAUGAAA